UUUAGUGUCGUGAAUGUUUGUUGAUCCAGCAAUAACCGCAUAGUUUAGCUUUCGAAGUAUAGUUAAGUGUCCAGGCAUUGUUGCCCACGGAACGACUAACAAAGAUAUACACCUGGGUGCUUUAAGUCUCAGGUUAAAGGUGACCAGAACACGCGAAACCUCCCCGUUAUCGGCGAUGAAACCGUAAUGGACGCGCACCGGGAGUCUCGGCUGGUUGGCCCGAGGGACGGCGGACCGGUUGAUUCGGGGGUACAUGUCGUUUGUGACAGCACGAACACCAACUCUGCAACCCACCGAGCUUGUCCCCGUCACGUCACUUAGAAAAACCCGGUUGUUUCCCGUUUUGCUAGUUUUACCAGAGUAUCGUUAGCUUUUCGCCCCACUUAGCACGGGCUGAGAAGUGCACGGGGCGCUAUUAACUAACGGUUUAGCGGCAGCUUCGAGCGGACAAGAUGUGCAGUCGCCUUUCAGCUUCCGCGUUAAGCCGUGCGCUCAUCUAGCUGGCGAGUAGCUUGGACUUCCUACAUCGAUACACCAGGGCUGAACGCAGCCUGUCCGCUGUUAUGGAGUCUGACGACGACGUGCCGCUGAUCUUGACCUGGGAUGACGCCAACAGCGGUCUGCUCAACGAGGACGCUGAGCGGGGGGACGAAAAUGGAGGAAGCGGCAAUUAUGACAUGGUGAACAAUGCUGUGAUCUCAACACCUGGGCCCCAAAACCACAGAGCCCAAAAUGUGUCCUUACGCCAAAGCUGGGAGAUGAACUACCAAGAAGCAGCCAUCUACCUGCAGGAGGGCGAGAACAAUGAUAAGUUCUUCACCCACCCUCGAAACCCAAAGGCGCUUGCGGCGUACCUGUUUGCACACAACCACCUGUUCUACAUGAUGGAGUUGCUGACGGGCCUGCUGCUGAUGAUGCUGUCGCUGUGCGAAGCUCCGGCUGUGCCUUCACUGCGCCUGGACGUCUAUGUCCACGCCACUCUGGAGCUGCUUGCUUUGGUUAUGGUGGCAUUUGAGCUCUGCAUGAAACUCCGCUGGUUAGGGUUCCACACCUUCAUACGACACAAGAGGACGAUGGUGAAGGCGUGUGUGUUGCUGCUACAGUUCGUGGAGGCCAUAGUGGUUCUCAUCAGACAGACGUCUCACGUGAGAGUGACCAGAGCUCUCAGACCUAUUUUUCUGGUGGAUUGUAGAUACUGUGGUGCUGUGCGCAGAAACUUGCGUCAGAUCUUCCAGUCUCUUCCACCGUUCAUUGACAUCCUCCUACUCCUACUCUUCUUCAUGGUUAUAUUUGCUAUCUUGGGUUUCUGCCUCUUCUCCCCAAACACCGCUGACCCGUACUUCAGCACACUGGAGAACAGCCUCGUCAGUCUGUUUGUUCUGGUGACCACAGCAAAUUUCCCUGAUGUGAUGAUGCCAGCGUACUCCAAGAAUCGCUGGUCGUGUGUUUUCUUCAUUGUGUACCUCUCCAUAGAGCUCUACUUUGUCAUGAACCUGCUCUUGGCAGUGGUCUUCGAUACAUUUAAUGAUGUUGAGAAGAUGAAGUUCAAAUCUCUUUUACUUCACAAACGCUCUGCUAUUGACCACGCCUUUCAACUGUUAGUUAGCCGGCAGAGGCCCAUGGGUGUGUCACUGAAACAGUUUGAUGGUCUGAUGCGAUUCUACAGACCACGAAUGUCUGCAAGAGACCGCUUCCUCACAUAUAAAGCUCUUAACACCUCCGGGGCUCCCAUGCUCAGUCUUCAGGACUUUUACAAAUUCUAUGAGGUCACUGGCCUCAAAUGGAAGGCCCGACGCAGUGGAGAACAUUGGUUUGAUGACCUUCCUCACACGAGCUUCCUCAUUUUUAAAGGUGUCAACCUACUUGUGAAGUCCAAGGCCUUCCAAUACGCCAUGUAUGUGGUGGUGGCCAUUAAUGGUGUUUGGAUUCUCGUGGAGACGUACACGCUGAAUAGUGGAUUUUCCUGGUCCAGAUUUGUACCCUGGAGUUACAUUGUCUUUCUGACCAUUUAUGGUGUAGAGGUGUUAUUGAAAAUAACUGGUUUGGGGCCAAUGGCUUAUUUCAGCUCUGGGUGGAAUCUGUUUGAUUUCUCAGUGACAGUGUUCGCCUUCCUGGGCCUGAUUGCUCUUGCCUUCGAUAUGGAGCCAUUUUACUUUAUUGUUGUUCUCAGGCCAUUUCAGCUGCUCCGGUUGUUUAAGAUAAAGCAGAGAUACCGUAACGUGUUGGACACCAUGUUUGAGCUCUUCCCCAGGAUGGCAAGUCUGGGGUUGACCUUGAUCAUCUUCUACUACUCCUUUGCAAUUGUUGGGAUGGAGUUUUUUGCCGACGUGGUUUAUCCCAACUGCUGCAACACCAGUACAGUGGCAGACUCUUACAAACAGAUAAACGUCACCUAUGGAAACAAAACAGUGUUGGAAGAAGGAUACUAUUAUCUCAAUAACUUCAACAACAUUCUAAGCAGCUUCGUGACUCUGUUUGAACUGACUGUGGUCAAUAACUGGUACAUUACCAUGGAAGGUGUAACUUCCAUGACAACCCACUGGAGCCGGCUCUACUUCAUGACCUUUUACAUAGUUACCAUGGUGGUGAUGACCAUCAUCGUAGCGUUCAUUUUGGAUGCUUUUGUGUUUCGUAUGAACUACAGCCGCAAGAACAGGGAACCAGUGGAAAACCCAGAAGAUGAGAACGGGAUCGUGUUUGAAGUAGAGGUGAGUCGGGAUGAAGCUCUGACCACUCUGGAGCUGUACAAGCAGACCUGCCCGGGACUGUCCUCCCUCAACUCCUUACAGGGAGUCCUACAAACUAUGGACCGAGGAGGGCACUCGUCUCUGGUGUACCUAGGUCGCAGGUCUAGGACGAAGAGCGACCUCAGCAUGAAAAUGUACGAGGAGGAGAUACAGCACGAGUGGUAUACCGAGUAUUCAAGGGAAAACCUGGCCGAGCAAGAGCAGCGCCUGGAGCAGGAUCUGGAUAGUCCAGUGUCCCACCCGUCUUCCUUCCCAGAGCCUCAGCUCAACUCACAGACUGGACCUCACAGUGUCAACUAAUGCAAGCAGUUCUUCACAACUCAUCACAAUCUCAGCAUUUUUAAAUGCAAAUAAACCCCAUUACUCCAGGUCUUCCCCAAUUCUCCACGAGUUUACCACUGAGGAAAACUGGUACGUGAGAAGGUGAGAUGACGACGAUGACUCCCUCCUUGGAAACGUCACUAUGGACAGUACGACUGCAGUGCAGAUCUGUUGCUCGACCAGUAAAGCUUAAUUUUUCUGGGCCUAUUUUAGGGAGCCUGUAGUACUACGGUAUGUUGUAUGUAUCCUGCCGUAGGCCACUUGUGAGUUUCUGUAACAUUGUAAUACUUCAACAUGAUGUUUUAGGGGAUUUCUGUUUAAUAACACUACAUUUAAUUUAUAAAACCAAAAGUAUAAACACUCCUUUUAGCUCACCCCCGCAAAACUAUUAGUGUAACGCCUAACUAUUGUCUCAACUGAUUCAAAGUGUUUCAAUUUUAUAACAUUUGUUCUUCAGUAAUGUAUUAUGGUGAGUUAAGGGAUUCCAAAAAUAAAAUGUCUUCAAUUGUCAAGUGCAUAUACGUAUUUUUGCUGUACUAUUAUACUGCUGGUAACAGCUUAUUUACAAUGUAUAAUUUAACAAAGACAAAUACCAUUACUACCACCUGUUCAAACAAAUACCAAACCAAAAAUUAUUUAAUGCCCUAGAUGCAGCUUUGUACAAGAUUAUUUUAACAUGUUUUACAGUACAUUCAAUUCUUUCACAUUGUAUACAUUUCUACAACCUGUGUUUUCCCUCUGACCUCACAAAGUGCCGUCUCACAUCCAGUCAGCACAAACAGGAAGUUGAAUAAAGAGUGAAAGUUUCAGCUCUCCCUGAGCAAAGAA